GUCACAGCCAGCCACCAGCCAGGCCAAGCAGGAGCUGCGGCCAGAGUGGCCGUCUCUUCGCCUCACGUCCACUUUCUAUUCGGCGUGGGAGCUGAGGGUCCGAAGUAGACCUCUAGCCGCUUCCAGCAACACCAGGCAGCCGAGCGAGUGCCCGCGGAGCCGGCCGAGCUCCUCGUAAGAAGAGGCUGUGGGUGAAGAAGAGGCUGCAUUGGGACGGAGGCUGAGGCUGGCUGGGGGAACCGUAGGUGGCAGGCUCCAGGUCCUCACCUUGGCUGUGUGGCCCCGCUGCCUCCUGUCGGGGCUUCAGAGUCAGUCAAGAGCCAGGAGGCCUCUGGGCACCCCUGCCCUCCCUCAGGGUCUGCAGAAAGCCUGACCAUCCAUGAUGCAAGGGGCCCUCCUGCUCCUGUGGUCAGCCGUGGCAUGUGCGGAGCAAGAGCACAGCCUGCAGUGCUACAAGUGUGCCCAUGUGAGCCGUGGCGAGGACUGCGAGCUGGUGUCCUGCCAAGCGGACGAGGUCUUGUGCUUCUCUCAGCAGGCGGUCAUCACCGUGGGGUCUGAGAGGGUGGUGGACAUUACCAAGGGCUGCGCCAGGAGCUGCGUCAUCCAGACACCCACCGACUGGACAGACAUCCCAUCCCAGGACAUCGCCAGUGCCCAGGCCUCCUGCUGCUCCCAGAGCCUGUGCAACGUGGGGACCAUCGCCAGCGCAUCUGCCCGGGCCCUGCCCUGGGGGCUGCCGCUCGGCCUAGGCCUCUGCCUGCUCCCCGCCCAGCUCUUACUGCCGUAGCCUGCCCACGGAGGGCCGUGUCUGGCAGAGCUGACAGCGCCGUCCCCGCUGUGCCAGCCAGAUGGGACUAGGGGCCCCACAACCCACGAGGAGGCCAGCCGAGGCACCCCACAGGCCCUCAGGGACGUGCAGCAAUAAACGCAGGCAG